GCUGCUGGUUCCCUCGACAAGGGUUUUGGAAAAUAGCUGGAAAUAAGGGCUGUACCACAUGAUUGUGAUGUCACUACCUGGGGUAUAAGACCGUUGGAAGUCACGCCCCUUCUCUCUGUCCUCAAGCCUCUUGAGAUGUGUGCCUAUAAUAAAUAACGCCGUGAUGAAUGGCUAAACUUGAACUGCUGAGAUUAUUCACCUUUCUGCUGCAGGAGACAAAAGAUGCUGCAAUUUGUUCUCCAAAAAACAACCCUUGCUUUUUCCAAACUCCAAACAACCCAAAGGCACUUUUAAGAGCCACGUCUGUCUUGUUAAACUGUCCUUGCUGUGUUGUACUUCAUAGCCUCUUCCUAUCUCUCUUUUUCUUUCUCUGUCUAACUCUGUUGUCAGUCUUUCGUCUGUGUCUCUUCACUAUAAUGAGUGAUUCUGUUCUCGAGGAUCUCCUGAGAAGCGCAGAUGAGCUGGUUGACCAGAAAGAGUUCAGGGAUGACCUACGGAGUGCUGAUGAUUUGCUUUGUAAACUGGAAGCAGCAAGAGCAGUGCCAUCAGUGCGAAAGGUGUGCUGGAAGAAGAGAGACAGUGAGGGAAACUUGAUCUUUGCAAGACCACGUUCAACCCGGAAUGACUCCAAUCAGGCUGGCUGCAGUCGUAACACUGAUCCCCCCGUUGAUGCUCCUGACUGUGAUCUGGUAUUUGCUCCAGCUAUCGCUCCAGAGACUGUUGAGGGGUUUCUACGAGAUCUCCAGCAGUCUCUGAGCGAUACUACAGGAGAUGAGGUGGUAGCACAAACCCCAAGUGAUUCUCUGCUGGCGUCGACCAACUGGAGCACUCGAAAAAGUUUUUUUUCAGAGAGCUGGAGGGCAGCGAGACCACAUCUGGUUAACACCGUAGUGGCCCAAGCAAAUGUGGGAACACACAUUUGCCAACAGUGUUGGAGCAAAACGUCUGUUGUCCGGUGCCGAGAUUGCCAACCACAUCCCUUCUUCUGUGCUGACUGUGAUGUCAGCAUGCACACCAGACACCCCCUCCACAACAGAGAUGCUACCACUGCAGGUUACUUCCAGCCAUUGGCCUCAACAACACAUGUAGUAAAUAUGGCCCUUUGCUCCUGCGUGCGGUUUGUACCUGUGGAGAUCCCGGACACAAUCUGUGGUUGUGCAUUGAGCCUCAAGCCAGGAAAGACUGUGACUGUGAUCACAAUGAAUGGGAAGAAUGUUUGUCUUGUUUCUUAAGAUAGAUGUUAUUGAAGUUUCUUCUUGAUAAUAUCCAACCCUUCUCAAAGACAUGUGGGAUAGCUUGUUUAUUAAAACUUAACAUGGGUAUUGAGUAAAGAAUACCAAAUGCAUUAAAAACACCUUGUCUGUUUUUCAAG